UGUAUUUUUAUAGAAAACAUGGCAGGAUUUAGUUUUUUUACUUCUUUCUUACUUUUGUCUUUUGCAGCCUUUUUGCUGGCCUCCAGCUCCAAUCUAGUUAAAGUCCCUCAAAGCCACAGAGCUGCUGGAGUCUUCAUGCUUAUAGAAGGAGGAAAAUACACCUUCAACUUCACUGCUGCUAGGUCUGCCUGUCUACGUCUGAACGUCACCAUGGCGACCAGAGACCAGAUGGAUCGAGCUGUACAGCUCGGAAUGGAGACGUGCAAAUUUGGCUGGAUAGCUGAAAGGUACGCAGUCGUCCCACGACUUACAGCUGACAAAAACUGUGGAAAGGCCAAGACGGGUGUGGUGACGUGGUCCGUAAAGGAAGAUCAAAAGUUUGGUGUCUUCUGCUUCAAUGCAUCAGAUUUAGAGGAAACACCAAACAGGUCAACAGCCCGUCCACAAAGGUCCACUCUCCCCACCACACUGACAGCACUGACCCAGACCCCAACAGCUGCUACACCUCCACCCAGAUCAUCCACCAAGUCUCCACCUUCAAUGAAGCCAAUUACAACAAAAGCUCCUGAAAAGACGUCUUCCACUUCAACUUUCACUCUCCUGAUCAAGACGACACAUUCGACUAGGAUUUCCUCCACCACCCUAAAGCCUUUUUCCACCCAUAUUCCAACUUCUCUUUCUCGCCUUACCAGCUCCAAACCCACCGUCAUCAGUUUUGUCUUUUCUACGUCUGCCCAUGCCUCCAGUGUCUCUGGUUCCUCUGAGUCAGUGACGCCACAGCCGACGAGCUCUGCAAAACCUUCACUGGGAAAUGUACCCACAGCACUCAUCAUCCUUGGCGUCAUCUUUCUGCUCCUCACAGCGGCUGGCGUCGUGUGGUACUACAAACUGAAUAUUUUCACCUCUUGGUCUCAGGGGCCACAGAAGGACGACAUAGAGACAGAGAUGUGGAAGCACAGCGACAGUGAGACGGACCUGCACAGUCUACAUGAAGGAGAAGAAGAAGAAUCGGACAGGAAGUACUCCAGUGACAUCACUCUGUGUGUGAAUCCAGACUUCAAAACAAACUCUUCAGAGUAGCUUUAUUAUAUUUCUGUGGGGAGUUUCUUUGUUGAAUUUAUUGCAGCCCCAAUAUUUUAAAUACAUAUCUUUAAAUUCAUUUCAAAUUCUUUUCAAUGUAAUUGUAAAUAUGCACAUUUUCGGGAUGUUUUCUCCAAACCUUCUGUUACUGAGGUUGAAAAGCAGCAAUUAUUUAGACUGUUUGUCGUUAUGUGUUUGUCCUAUACAUGUAUAAAGUUUGUUAGCCGCAUAGUUUCCUAUUUUUUGUGGCUUAUUAUAAGUGGGGGAAAUUAAUUCAAUAUUAGGCUAAGUACAAUUUUGAGGUACUUGUACUUAAUUUUAGUAAUUCCAUUUCAUGUUA